GCCGUCCGCAGAGAGAGAGGAGGCGGGCCGGAGCGGAGGAGAGGUCUUGGCUCUUGUCUUGCGGAGGAGCUUUGAUUCAGUAGCUGAGGCGGCGCGGCGCUUCCGGAACCUCCGGAACCUCCGAAGCUUGUAAGUCUUGUUCUGUUUCUGCUGCUUAUCCAUCUUCAUUUGUUUAGUCUUUUAUUAGAGGGACGUUAAAGUUAUAGUUCAGGUUUUCAGAGGAAGUAAGAAGAACUGAAAUAAUAAACGCGCAGAUUUAAUCAGUGUCUCCACGCAGCAGCGAAACAGAUAAAUUAGUUUAGAUGGUAAAAAAAUCUCAAACAUUUGAUCUGGUCCAUCGUGGGAGCUCUCCGUGGUGCUGAAGGACUUUCUCUGUGUGUAACGAGCUCAGAUCAGACUAACUGACCAGCCUCUCACCUCUCCACAGAGAUCCAGAGAAUCUGCGGAACAAACGCAGGUUUCUCCAGAGGACAUCGGCUCAGUUCGGCUCUUUACGCAGAGACUUUCUAAAGCGAAACUUUUCAUAAUUCAACGUCUUCCUGAAACAGCCCGUGUGUUGGAUCCCCAAAGAGUCAGACAAUGUCUAAUGAGAGAAACGUCAGCCUCUCAGGGUCUGCGGGUGUGAGCUUGGCACAGACGGGAGAAGCCGAGGUGAAGCAAAGCGCCAGAGGCUCCACUCGGUAAGAGGUGGACAUCAGAGAGCCAGCAGAGCGGGGGUCAGCGAGCCGACACCAGCGCGUCCUCAAACGAUGGGGAUGAAGCACCUCCUGCUGCUUUUCAUUUCCCUGGACCCGCUGAAUGUCCUGUGCGCCGCCGCCACCGCCAGCAAGAGGAGCAAGAGCCCGCCGAGGAGGAACCCGAAGGCGAAGGAGGUGACCGCCAACAGCACCGCGCUGCCCGCCGCCCCGCGGAAAGUCACCCAGCUCCAGGCUCCGUCCGCGGGUUCCCACGACACCUGCUGGGGUUACUACGACGUGAGCGGCCAGUACGACAAGGAGUUCUCCUGCAACAACACCGACCACCGCUUCUGCUGCGGCAGCUGCUUCCUGCGCUUCUGCUGCGCGGACCGCGGCAAGCGGCUGGAGCAGAAGUCCUGCAACAACUACAACACCCCGGAGUGGGUCAAGGUUCCGUCCCCCACCCCGACCCCCGCCGGGGACAUCUACGACCCGGAGCUGGACCAGACCAACACCACGGUCUACAUCACCUGCGGCGUCAUCGCGCUCAUCAUCGCCAUUGGGAUUUUUGCUAAAGUUGCUUAUGAUAAAGCCACGAAGCCGCCGCAGGAGAUGAACGUUCACAGAGCGCUGGCGGACAUCCUGAGGCAACAAGGGCCGGCUUCAGCUUCGCAGUUUGAGCAUGAAAACAUGGCGGCCAUUGAUGGUUCUCCCAAAGACGAGACGCCGGUCAGGAGCUCAAAGAACCACUACACACCGGUCCACACCAAGACGUCCAACCACGGGCAUUAUGGGAAGGACACCCUGCGUCCCGGAGGACCAGACAUGCAUAACUUCAUCUCCUCUGGGUUCGUCACUCUGGGCCGGAGCCACCUGAAAGCGCAGCAAUCCAUCGACGAAUCGGGCCAGAUGUCCUGGCAGGGCGACCUGGACAUCCCCAUGUCCUACGGAAACCACCACCAUGAGUACCAGCACAGCCACCUGGACCUGACGGCGCUCACGCCCAAACUGGCCCACAGACAAAUGGUAUACGACCGGCCGCAGCGGAUCAACAACAUCCUGACCUCGGCCACCGAGCCCUACGACGUUUCGCUGUCCAGAUCCUUCCAGAACCUGAGCCACCUGCAGCCGUCCUACGAGCUGCCGCUCAAGCCCGACUUAAGUAAAUACUCUCCUCACAGACUAAGCGAUAAAGACAUGGAUGAUUAUUACCCCCGGAAGCAUCUUCAUCCUGACUUUGCUGGUCGAGGACCAACCCACUUGGUGAAGCUGAAUGCUGAGCCCCACCAGCACCACCAGCCCCACCAGCACCAGCAGCAGCGGCAGCGCCCCCGGCGGGUGCAGAGGGCCAUGUCCCAGGACCACGUCCUGUCCCCCCCCAGGACGCCGCGGCGCGGAGACUACGGCUUGUCGUCGUACGGCGCCAUGGCGGCCGCCGCAUACGGAAGCAGCCGCAACCUCUCAAACGAGCAGCUGCUCUCGGCGGACCGCCUCCACUCCCAGGAUCCUCUGCUGUCCCCGGCGAUGAGGCGUGACAAGUUCCGGGAGAAGGCCAUGGCGCGGGCGAUGUCUCACGCCGACAUGCUAAUGCCUACCACGCCGGUCAUGGACCGCCACAAGAUGACCAAGAUGCACUCCCAGCCCAGUGCCUCCAGUGACUCGUACAACACGCUGAUGGUCAACCAUCACGCUGGCACGUCCACGUCCAAGAGGCAGGCGUUCGCGUCCCGACGAACACACACGGUGGACCACCUACAGUACAUUCCCGGCCACCACCACACAUACCGCACUGCCAGUAAGAAUGAGGUAACUGUCUAAAGACCGUGUCGGACGAUUCUUGAAAUGCAUCACAAAUGUGAACGGACAUUAUCAGCAUCCGUCAUUAAAACUCUUCUUGUUGUUUUUUUAGCUUUGUGUGUGAUCCAGAAUUUGGACGACUAGGAAAAUCCUGGCAAAGACUUUUUUUCUCUGAGCAUCAUAAGGGCUUUGCGCGUUGACACAAAGAUCCUUCCUGUCGGACGCAGGACAGAGUGAAGAAAAUAUUUUUUAAACCGGACGUAGGACUCAAAGGGAAUUGUACCACCUUUAUAGACAUAUAAAUAAACUCUUUACUGUUUGUAUUUCCAGUCUUUGUUAUAGCUUUAGAGAUACUCAUUAUCUGAUGUACGCACUUCAAUUGGUGCCUCUUGAAAUUGUCCCAUUUCAGCAGUGAAGGGGAUCUGUGGGUUAAAAAGCACAAUUAAUGAAUUCCCAUUUUUUUGGAUUAGGUUUUCUGUUCUUUGACAAACGGCCAGAACAUAUCAGCUUAGACUAUAAGGGAAACAGGCUAUUUUUGUUGCAUACUAUAGAUGAUUGUAAAUAUGCUAUUUUAGCUGCAUAAUGCCCCUCUGGACUACUGUCCCAAGUGGAGUUUAUUAGGUGUUUCCAUUUAUUAAUUCUGUUUUAGAUAAGGAAAAGUUCCCAGAUUAGUAUUAUUUCCACCGAUGUCUGUAAAUUAUGUGGAUCUAAUAUGUGCAUUGGGAGUGUUUCUGUUGUUUUCUAACCCAGCUGGUGGCGCAGAAUGGCUCGGUAUGAAACGUCAUUUUUUGGCCAGUUGCUUCCAUCUCUACAAAUCAGGCCUCAGCGUUGCGGAUCGUCUAGAGUCGAGUCUGACGAAAACAAUCAGUCUGAGGACGUUGUCAUGCUUGAUUGACGAGAUGUCACGUGCCAAUCAAACGCUGAUUAAACUGUGAAAUGUUUGUCCAGUGUUUUUCAUUAAAGCAAUGCCUUAUUGUAUAGAAUGCCAUAAGCUCUUAAAUGAACCAGUAUGCUUUGUCAUGUGUCGUUGUCUCGGUUUCUUUGUUUAGUAUUAUCAUUAUGGUUUACCAGCCGAACCAGCAGGCAGGGGGAGUUUCCUAUUCAUUGUCAUCAAUUCAGUUUGAAAUCCAAACUUUGAUUAGCUGAGUGAUUUUAUUGCUGUUUUUGGAAUUUGUCCAACUGGACACAGAAUAUGAAGCAAAUGCUGGAGGUUAAAAGAUUCCUUGGUUUGGUUCAUAUCACAGUUUUGGGGCGUGGUACUCCUCGUUUUUCUAGUUUCCCACAAAAAAUACCAAACCUUAGCAAAAUAUAAUUCACAAUUUAUAAGUUGUAAAAUAUCAUCCAUCCGUCUGUGGUGCUUUGCUUGUCUGAGGUCAGGAUGAAAAGCUCUAAGGGAAACCUAGCCAUUCCUCUGCCCAGCAGCUCAAUCUAAUUCUGAAACAUCCCCAGCCGUUCCCGGGCCAGAAGGGAUAUUUAACUACUCCAGCAGGUUCUGGGUUGACCUCCUGGGAAUCCCGAUUAAAUUCACCUCAGCUGACUCCUUUCAGUGUGGAGCAGUUCUACUCAGAGGUCUUCAGAGCCCAGCCGCCCCAUGGAGGAAGCCUUUUCCAGCUGCUUGGAUUCAAGGUUUUGUUGAGAGAAUCCAGUCUUAGGCUGACCGGCAAACCGCUGAGCUCUGUAGCUCACAGCUGCAGAUGAGGCCCUGACUCUUCCACUCAUCAGACAAACCAGAACUCAUGAUCAACACUGGGAGGGAGCAUUCCAGUUUAAGCCAUUUAGAGGAGCUGACUCUCAGUCAGGUUGUUUCAUGGUCAGAAACCGUCCAGUGGACCUUUAAGGUCCCAACAGAACUCCAUCAGCUGCAAAAGCAAAAAUAAGACCCAGACAUCAUCCUAUCCUCAAUAAGACCCCAACUUACUCAGACACUCUUCACUCUGCAGAAGUCCACACAGAUCUGUUCAAAGGUACAUUUUUGGAACCGUCUACGCAUACGCUACUCUUUCUUGCACAAUAAACUGCGACAAACCGUUUUCACACUGAACUGCUGCAGGCUGAGAGAUGAUGCAACCAGUCGCAUGGAUGCGCGUCAGCCAGUCUGCCGCAUUGCGUCGGUUUCCCGGUGGCUUCCUUGUUGGAGAAGAAACUGGACUAGGAGCCCAACUAGAUCAUCAAACCUACUAGUACCCAUUAGACUUGUGGGAAGUGAAGGAAUUUGUGGUGAGAAAUGUUGGCAGUCGAUGCGCUCCACUGUGAAUCUCCACCAUCCAGGGACACGGUGCGCAGAGUUCAUGGGACUCUUUGCAUAGUUACAUUACCGCCAUCUUCAAGACUUUUUAUUAAUGUUUGGUCUGAAUUAACAGAAAUUUUGUAGAAAUUACCAGGAAAAAUAAAAGAUGACAGGUGUCUUCAUCUCUCACCUCUAAUUUGGUGGAAAAACGAUGACCUAUUGCUAUUAAAAAUGAUCAGAGAAGUGACCAGCUGCAAUGAUCAGUUUUCUGUGGCUGUAUAUACCCUGCCCCUCCCCUACAUAUUGCUCAUAAGCAUAUUCAAUUAUAGCGUGACUUUUGUGAUAUCAUGUUAUUGUUGGUCAAGUUUGUGCCACCAUGCAAAUCUCAGAGCAGCCCAUGCAGUUUCCUAUUAAACCCGUCACAUUGCUGUUUACCUUUCUUUAGUCUCAGAGGUGUAGGAAGACAGAUACCGCUGAUAAAUCACGCCUCGCUGUGUAUUUAGCGCUGCUGCAUCUCUGCUUUUCUCCAGAUAAACCAGGAUGCCACUGAUUCUUCGGACAUGUUUGACUCGCCACAUAUUCCAUGAAACACUGAAACCGACAGAACUAUCAAAGAAAUGACAGAAAAUGACAUCACUUUAAAUUUCACUCGGCGUUGCUGAAGACUCACUCACUUCAGCAUGUCAGAUGCUUGAAACUGAAAGUGAAACUGGCACCUUGGCCUGUUGGGGACUUUCAUAAGCAAUGGCAUUUCAUUCCUAGGUACUCAUCUAAACCUUAUCUAAAAAAUAUAUAUUAUGACAACAUUAAUUUACUCUGAUGCAGCAAAACAACGUGAAUUUCUAAUUCUUGAUUGCAAAGCAAAUGUGCUAUUUGGCACAAGAGAGCAUUAAAGCGAUGUAUCUCAGAUGUCGGGUGACUUGAUGUUCCCCUUCUCUCCUCUUUGGACCCGUGUGACGCCUGCUUUCCAAGACCAUACUGAUAAUGAACAUAAUAUCCACAUCAACAGAAGAAUUUGUCGUAGUUUCAAAAGUAAAUGGAAAGAGGUGAAGGUGGAAGGAAAUGAUCUACUCUAAAAGAAACAAGAAACUAAGAACUGACAAAAAAAUGCUGAAGAAAAAAGUCUCUGGUACCGAUUCACGUCCUUUAAUCAGAGUUGGCAUUAGCCUUUUGACAAUUCUUAACAGAAAUUAAUAAAAUCAACAACUUUACAGCUUUAAAGUAAAUUAAAGCAUCUGAUGAAUAAGAGAAAUGUUCUGGAUGAUCCAGUGUCAGUGUCUCAUAUUGAUGGCAGCAGCAGAUAUUUAAUCCGGUUGCAGAUUUAUUUAGCAGUGGUUAGCCCAGUAAGACGACUGCUACUACGGUCUGAAAACACUAUGUUUUAUAUAUAAGUAUAUAUUUGACUCAACAAACACAACAGGACUUUAAUAAAAUUCUGCUGCUGUCGUUUUCAUGUUGAAUAAUUUUAUGCUAGGCUAGCGUUAGCAUGUUUGCUUCCUGUUGCUGAUCGUUUGGUUUGUAACAUUUGAAUGCAGUUCAAGUUGUGGACAAUAAAACUGGCAUAAAGAAAAGUUAUUUGGAUCUUGCACUUUUAAAUCAUGUCAGAUUUAGAAAGUUUUGUUUCUUCGUUUUGUUUUGUGUGUAGAAAAACAGAAAAUGAUAUCAUAGCCAUAAUCACAGAGAGAACACCAACAAGACAGGACCAGUUUUGUCAGGGACUCAGAACCUGCAGACACUGAUACUGGGACCACUGGGAGCGUUAGGAGAUGCUGAUACUGGAGAUACUGGACAGGUUGGAGGAAUCCCUAAAACCCACGUCAGAUAAGCUCCACAGUAACGCCGAACUCAAACUGCUCAGAGUCUGCAGCGUUUUGUUCUCCUGCAUGACUUUAUGGUUUGAGUGACAGUAAUUAAUCCUGAAUGGACAAAUUUAUUCAGUCCCACUAAAACCAGUUGCUUUAAUCCUGACAUAUCCACUAAUUUAAUUGAUAAAACCUUGAAAUCCCACAUAGGUUUGGUCUUACUGAUGAAAGUAAUUACAGGUUUUUUCUUCUCUACGUCUGUAUAUACUUGAACACGAUGUUAUUUGUGAGUUGAGCUUUGUAACUUUAGUGGCAGAAGAGCAAUCCAUCAUGAUAUAUUAUUUAGAGGGUUGCUCAUAAUUUAUAGAUUUGUUUUUUUAUUGACCUAAUUUAUGAACAAACCAAUGAAGAGAUUACAGUUUUUAGGGGUCUGGAAUGUUGGCCAAAUGUAUCCUGAGUUUAACAAACGUAUUUCUUAAACUUGAUGUGCCACUUUACUUUUUAUGACAGGUUUGUAAUCAAUGAUGUCAGUUAUAUGUUGUUUUCUCUGAAGUCGGUUUUUCUACGUUAUUUCUUCUUUCUUUCUUUGGUCUGCUUGCAAAAAAUGAGGAACAUCUGAUCUGUGCGGCUGACAGAAGGCGUUAGCUGCUCUGCUGUUAGCAAAUAUCUGCAUCCACUCACUUUGUGCAGCUAAUCUCAGAAACUUCUGCUCCUUCUUUAAUAAUGAUGUCAUCUCCAAAGCCUUUUCUCUUUGUGCAAUAUUUUGUUUUCGUGCUGAAUAAUUCUGCAGCCACUUAUUAUUUAUUAUUAAAGAUUGUGAGAUUCAUUUGCAGCUAUGAAGGCUUUCCUGUCCUUUUAAAUGAAACAAGGACUUUUCUGUGUUUCUUUGUCAUUUUUAACAAAAAUUAUACAUUUUGGUAUGAAUGGAAACGGUAUAAAUGUUAUUGCACAACUAACUUCAAAACUACAACAUAUGACUGUUCUUGUGGAUUUUUGUUUUACAAAUAAUUAAAGAUCAUCAUGAGUGUUAUACACACUUAUUAAUUCA